AUGGCAGUAACGUCGGCUACAUUCAUGAGUGCAGUGGCUAAUCUUGUACCCGCCAUAACUUUUAUCGUUGGCAUUUUUGUUGGGUUGGAGAGAUUAGAGUUUGGAACAGCCAUAGGGAAAGCAAAAGUAUUCGGGACAAUAAUGGGAAUAGGUGGAGCGAUGCUGUUCACCUUUUACAAAGGCUUUCCUAUUCAGCCCUUGAAGUCCGACAUUAACCUUCUUCCUGGUACUAGCACCGGCCAUGUGGCUUUGCUGGCUUCUGAUCACCGUGUGUUGGGAGCCUGUUUGGCCCUUGCUAGCUGCUUCUCUUAUGCUAUGUGGAUCAUUUUACAGCACAAUGAGAUGAAGAAAAGGAUAAAUGAAGUAGUUCCAUCUAACGAAAACGAAGCACAAAAAUCAGUUGAGAUUAUCGUUGUCAGUGGUAGCAACCGGAUCUCUUCUAUAGAAAUGAAAAUGACGGAAAAUGGUACUAUAAGUGAAAGGAAGGACGGUGUAUGCGUCGACAGAGAAGAACGGACGCUGGCGGAUCCAAGAUGA